AAUGAUCCGAAUAUCCAAAGACCAGUCUACAUUCCUGCUUUGACGAUGCACCAUCACCAGAAUCUCACAGACGCCGGUUCCUUACCAGGAAUGCUUCCGCCGUAUGAGGCUAUGGGCAUGUACGAACAGCCAAAGCCUCGCUUCAUCUUCAAGAUGCCCCGCGUGGUGCCCGAUCAGCGCUCCAAGUUCGAUAGUGACGAACUCUUCCGCCGCCUUUGCCGUGAGAGCGAGGUUCGUUACACGGGCUACCGGGAACGUGCUGCCGAGGAGCGUCGGAUGAGAUUCGUCAACGACUGCCGGAAGGGGUAUGCUGAGAUUUCCUUCGUGGCUUCCGGCACGAACCUACAGCUUUACUUCAACGCCAACCACAACCCAUACACACAGGAGCAGGAGUGUGACUUUGAGCGGGAACGCGGUAAGGUGCAUCUACGAUCGCACUUCAUCAUGAACGGCGUCUGCGUCCGCUUUCGUGGAUGGGUGGACCUUGAUCGAUUGGAUGGGGUGGCCAAUCUAGAAUUUGAUGAGCCACGAGCCCUGCAGGAGGAUACCCAACUCAGGGAGCAAAUAGAAAGCUAUAACCAACGGAUGGCCGACUCCAAAAGGAUGUACCAUGCUCCUCAGACACCGCCGGACGACCACCAUGGCAGAGUGGGCGGUGGCAUCGGACCCGGUGGCCCAAUUGGCUGGUAGGGCCAUUUUCAACCUUUAAA